CAACGCAAUCUACAUCGCGUAUUGUUGUGAAUGGGAGUUAGAAUGACGUCAGUGCUCGAAUGUCAACAAUGUAGCGAUUGAGAGUAGGCGUUCCAUUAGACUAGUGUAGCAAACAGCAGAGACCAGCAGCAUGCGGCACUGGACCGACAGGAAACCUGAACAAUUACAACAACAAAAGCUAUAAUAAUAAUAAUACUCACUUUUAUUUUAUUUUUUUAACGAAAAACAUAAUAGUCUAUUGAGAAACAAUCUUCCAGCAUCAUGGAAGCUUUGAGGAACUCUGGAAGUCGCCCACCAUGUGAAAAAAAUCAAAUUUGGUAAACACGGACAAUAAGGCUGGAUUGCACGGGAAAAGCGAAAGUGAAAAGGUUGUGAACGGGAUGUCCUUUGAUGAGAAGCCUGGAGCCCCCAUGUACGUGUAUGAGUCGACGGUCCACUGCGCCAACAUCCUCCUGUGGCUCAACGACCAGCGGAGGCGGGACAUCCUGUGUGAUGUCACCGUCCGUGUGGAGGGCAAGGAGUUCCGGGGCCACCGGGCUGUUCUGGCCGCCUGCAGCGAGUACUUCCUGCAGGCGCUGGUGGGACAGCCAGAUCGCGAACUCACCAUCAGCUUGCCCGAGGAGGUCACUGCCAAGGGAUUCGCCCCAUUGCUGCAGUUCGCCUACACCGCCAAGCUGCUGCUCUGCAGGGAGAACAUCCAGGAGGUGAUCCGCUGCGCCGAGAUCCUGCGCAUGCACAACCUGGAGGACUCCUGCUUCCGCUUCCUGGAGGCCCAGCUCCUGAGCGAGGAGCACGGCCUGCUCCUGUGCCGCAAGACGCCGUCCUCGGGCGGGGACGAGGACGAGGGCGGGCGACCCAAGGCCGCCGCCGCGGUCUCCCCGUCCGCCUCCGACCCGCCGCGGCCGGAGCCGGACGGCAUCCUGGAGAUGGACUUUCAGAAGCACGCCGCCUCGGACCUCCCCCGCUGCCCCAAGUACAGGAAGUACCAGUGGGCGUGCACCAAGCAGACCAGCGACGCCUCGACUCGCACCGGUACCUCAGGUUUAUUGGAGGAGGCCCCGGAGGGGCCUGACGGCGGGCCUUCCAGGGUGGCGGUACUGCAGGUCAAGUCGGAACCGGGCACCGAGGACGAGAUGGCCCCUCCGUGCCUGUCCGCCGACGAACUGGACCCCGAUGACAGGGACGGCGUUUUGGCGAUGGAGACGGACGACGGGCGGUGCAGCCCCGCCUUCGCCGACCGGCCAAAAGGCCCCAAGUCGGCCCCCUGCCUCCGCUCCUUCUUCAGGAGGGGCGUGGACCUGGCGGGCCUGCCCGGCACGCGGCAGCUGUUCGCCGACAGCCGGCUCCCCCGCCCGCAGGGCAAAGCGGCGUCUCAGGGCGAGCGCAAAAACGGGCGCGGCCCCUUCUCCGCCGCCGAGCCGGAGCCGCCGCCGGCGUCCCUCGGGGAGGCGGACGGCGGCUUCCCCGCCGGGCUGUCGGCGUCCUGCGACGCGGCCUGCAAGCAGGAGGCGGAGCUGGACCGGCGGAGCGUCAUAUUCGCCCCGGGGGGCUGCGAGCGGCUAGCGGCCCCCGCGCACUCCUACCCCGGCAGGAACUCUCUGGACAAGGAGCUCCCCGAGCACGCCGCGGCCAAGGCCCUGUGGGCCAGCGGCAGCCAGUCGCUGCCCUCCUCCCAGGCCUACUCCCCCGCCGAGCCUCCCUCGUUGCCGUGCCGACCGCGUCCCAACACCAGCUGCCCCGUGCCCAUCAAGGUGUGCCCUCGCUCCCCGCCCUCGGAGGCGCGGACCCGCACCUCCAGCUCCUGCUCCUCCUACUCCUACGCGGAGGACGGGAGCGGGGGCUCCCCCUGCAGCCUGCCCCAGUUCGAGUUCUCCUCCUCCCCCUGCUCCAUCGCCCCUCGCUGCCUGGCCGCCGACCCGCAGGACCAGGGGGCCGGGGGGGACGGCGUCUUUGCCCCGGCGCACACCAAAAUCAAGUGCGAGCGCUCGUACGGCACCAACUCCAGCGAUGAGUCGGGCUCUUUCUCUGAGGGGGACAGCGAGUCGAGCCACCUCCAGAGCCAAGGGCCAGAGGUCAAACUUCCUUUCCCAGUUGAUCAAAUCACAGAUCUUCCACGGAACGACUUCCAAAUGAUGAUAAAAAUGCACAAACUGACCUCGGAGCAGCUGGAGUUCAUCCACGACGUGCGGCGGCGAAGCAAGAACCGCAUCGCCGCGCAGCGCUGCCGCAAGAGGAAGCUGGACUGCAUCCAGAACCUGGAGUUUGAGAUCCGCAAACUGGUGUGUGAGAAGGAUAAGCUCCUAACAGAGCGAAACCAGCUGAAGGCCUGUAUGGGGGAACUGUGGGAGAACUUCUCCUGCCUGUCCCAGGAGGUGUGCAGGGAUGUCCGACUGAGCCCAGAGCAGGUUCAGUCCCUGAACCGCUACUGCCCCACCCUGCGCCCCAUUCACACAGCCUCCAGCCCUGCCGCUGCCACCAGCAUCGACCUCACCAUCAACCCCGACUCCCCCACGCCUGAAACUGCCCAUACCCCCACUUCCCCCCACCCUCCAGAUACUGAGUCUGGCUCUACCCACUGGGGGCCAGGUAAUGGGGCCAACGGGCUGGAGGAGACAGGGUCAGGGGAGGGGAAGGACCCAGGCCCCACCCACCCAGAGGCAGGGCCGCCUAUAGAAAAUAGCAGUCCCACGGUAACGGUGGAUUUCUGCCAGGAAAUGACUAAUAAAUGCACGACUGAGGAGCAGCCUAGGCAGGACUGCACCUAGUAAUGACAGGUGACUUUUUUUAUUUCCUCUGUUUUUUCUGAAUGUUCGUUACUCCUCUGCCUAGCAGUCGUUUACUCUGGCAGCUUCUACCAGUGUUUUUCUUUGUAAAAUCUGAUUUUUAAAGGUUGACACUACCAUUGUCUUAACAGCAGCAAUACUCCAGGUGUUUUCUUUCACCCUGGGACAGUGGGGGG